AUGGCCUUGAAGCGCAUUAACAAGGAACUCGCGGACCUCGGCCGUGAUCCGCCCUCGUCUUGCUCGGCUGGUCCGGUUGGCGAAGAUCUGUUCCACUGGCAAGCAACAAUUAUGGGCCCUCCCACAGUUCGGAGCAUAGCUGUCUGGGCCGUGGCAUAUAUGUCGACGGAGGAGUUUGACCUCGCCAACAACAACUAUGACGUCCUGCUGACGCCAACCUCUCCCUGGCUGUCGCCAACUUUGAACGUCGGUGACUCUCCUUACUCCGGCGGUGUCUUCUUCCUCGCUAUCCACUUCCCCACAGACUACCCUUUCAAGCCUCCCAAGGUCAACUUCACAACUCGCAUCUACCACCCGAACAUCAACUCUAACGGCAGCAUCUGCUUGGACAUUCUGCGUGACCAGUGGAGCCCGGCCUUGACCAUCUCAAAAGUUCUGCUGUCCAUCUGCUCUAUGCUGACGGACCCGAACCCGGAUGACCCGCUUGUGCCUGAGAUUGCUCACGUGUACAAGACUGACCGGGCGAAGUACGAGGCGACCGCGCGCGAGUGGACCCGUAAAUACGCCAUCUAG